AGAGCGGAGUGACGGCGAGGCUUUAGUGGGCGGGGCCACAGCGACGCUGUUGCUGAGGCUUCAAGAUGGCGGAAGCCCUGACAAGCCAAGAAGAGCUGGCUGUGGAGGAGUUUCUGGCGGAGCUGAGGGCUCUGGAGGAGCCCGGGGUGGUGCUGGUGUCCCAGAGCACUGCCGUAAAGUUCCUCAUCGCUCGCAAGUUUGACGUGUCCAGAGCCAUCGACCUCUUCCAGGCGUACAAGAACACCAGGAUAAGAGAGGGAAUUUUCAACAUCGACCCGGACGAGGAGCCCCUGCGGACGGAGCUGCUCAGUGGGAAGUUCACGGUGCUGCCUGGUCGUGACUCCAGUGGUGCAGCUCUGGCCCUGUUCACCGCUCGACUGCAUCGGCCUGACGUCACUACCCACAAGGCCGUGCUGCAGGCCAUCAUAUACCAGCUAGACAAAGCCAUUGAAAGCCUGCAGACCCAGAGGGACGGCCUGGUCUUCAUCUACGACAUGACCAGCUCCACGUACGGCAACUUCGACUACGAGCUGUGUGUGAAGAUCCUCAACCUGCUCAAAGGCGCGUUUCCCGCGCGUCUGAAGUGCGUCUUCAUCGUGUCGUCGCCGCUGUGGUUCCGCGCCCCCUUCGCCGUCCUGCGGCUGUUCGUGCGCGAGAAGCUGAGAGAGAGGGUGUGCACGGUGAAGGCCCCAGAGCUGGCCGGUCACAUCCCCAUGCAGUCUCUGCCAGAGCACCUGGGGGGGUGCUCCCAGUACAGCCACAUCGCCUGGAUCCAGAGCUGCGUCAACGCCCACCGCCACCCGCAGGGGGGGGGCGACUGCGUGGGGGCGCUGCUCAGCUCCUACUGCCUGGACCCCCCCACGGGCGACGGCCUGAACUCCAACUGCGCUGACAACGACAACAACGCGAACCUGCACAACCACCUGCAGCAGCAGGGCAGAACUAGCACCCCCCCGCACCACGCCCACUGGAACGGCUCCGCCCUGCCGGGGGGCGGGGCCCGGGGCACGGGCGUGGCCGACGCUGGUGACGAGAGCGACGGCGGGGACUGUGGGGGCAGCCCCAACGCCAAUGGGGAUGGGUGGAGUCGCCAGGCUCCGCCUCCCCAGUCAGACACGCCCCCGGACACGCCCCUACACCUGACACACAGCGGAGGGGUUUUGGAAGGGGGAGGGGACCCGAUGUCAGGGGGGAGGGACCAGGACCAGGACCAGGAUGAGGAUGAGGGGGAAGGGGAGGAAGAGGACGAGGAGGAAGGGGAGGAGGAGGAGGAAGGGGAGCCGGGGGUGCCGCCGCUGCCCCAGAAGUCUUUGCGGCCGGUGGGGUCACAUGACCCCACCCCCACCUCCCUGUCGGUGCACAUGCCGGAGCGGGACGGGAUGGGGGUGAAGGAGCUGGUGGCGUACGUGAAGAGGAAGGGCAAGCGGGGCAUCUACCAGGAGUACGAGGAGAUCCGCAAGGAGCCGGCCUCCGGAACCUUCCACUGCUCCAAAAAACCUCACAAUCAGAUGAAGAACAGGUACAGCGACGUCCUCUGCCUCGACCAAUCCCGUGUGAAGCUGAGCCUGCUGGAGGAUGAUGAGGACGAGUCCACAGAUUAUAUCAAUGCAAGUUUUAUGGAUGGAUAUAAGAAGAGCCAAGCCUACAUCGCCACUCAGGGCCCUUUGCCAAAAACGUACGCAGACUUCUGGCGCAUGGUGUGGGAACAAAUGGUGCUGAUCAUCGUCAUGACGACAAGGGUGGUGGAGAGGGGGCGGGUCAAAUGCGGACAGUACUGGCCGCUGGACGCAGGCCACACCCAGGAGCACGGACACUUCCUGGUCCGGAACGUCCGAAUCGAGAUGUUCCAGGACUUCAGACUGUCACACCUGGAGCUCUGCAACAGUGAGACGGGGGAGCGUCGGGACGUGGCUCACUACCUGUACGUCAGCUGGCCGGAUUUCGGCGUUCCCAAGUCCGCCUCGGCCCUGCUGGAGUUCCGGGCACAGGUCCGGCAGCACCAGGAGACGGCCUUCCAGGCCGUCAGCGCCAGCUGGACCGGCUCUCCCGGGGGCCCCCCUGUGGUGGUGCACUGUAGUGCAGGCAUCGGAAGAACCGGUACCUUCUGCACUCUGGACAUCUGUCUGUCCCGUCUGGAGGACGUGGGGACGGUGGACGUGAGGCAGACGGUGAGGCGCAUGCGGACCCAGCGAGCGUUCAGCAUCCAGACCUGGGACCAGUACUACUUCUGCUACACGGCCGUCCUGGAGUACGCCCAGCGCCGCCGCCUGCUCCCGCCCCUGCAGUGGUCCGACUCGGAGCUGGAGACCGACAGCGAGUGACCCGCCCCCGCCCCCGCCCCCGCCCCCGCCCCCGCCCCCGCCCCCAUCCUGCAGAAACCCCGAGGAGGAGGAGGAGGAGGAACGAGUCCACUCCUCCGCCUCUCAGGCUCAUCUGCGGACUGACGGCCAGUCAGAUUGGGGGGCGUCUUACAAGCUGUAGCAUUUUAUAUUGACUUGCACAUGUGGAAGGGCAAACUUGAACUUUGUAUCUUAGUUUUUUUGUUUUGUUUUUUCCGCUCAACCACCCCUAACCCCCGACUUACACCAUUCUGUUUGAUUUCAAGCAGAACCCAUGACGUAGAAAAAAGAAAACUUGAACAAAUUUCUUUUGGAGAAAAUGAUAAUAUAUUAGUCUGUUUGGUCUAGGUCCAUUUUCUGUUCUUGUAGUUUUGUUGUGUUUUUCAGGUGAGUGUUGUGUGUUUUGUAUUUUUGUACAGUAUUUCUGUUCAUAUGUAGACUAACCUUAAAGCCAAAGGUAUCACCUUGAAUGCGUAUCUGGACCUUAGUUGUAAGCCCUUACAUAUCCAUGUAACGUACAUUUAUAUACUGUCCAUAACAGCCUUUGACAAAAAGCCUUGUUUUAAUAUAAUAGACAUAACAUUAACAAAUGUAUAAAUAUAUAUAGAUAUAUAUAGUGGAUUAUCUUAUUCAGACAAAUGACAGAGAUUAAGAUACAAAUACUCUAUCAUAAACCUGUGUGGUCUGUCAGGUCUUACAUCAUCUCAAAACAGUGUCGUCUUUGGUUUCUUGACAAACUCGCAUAAAUUGGCCUUAAGCUGAUUUAGUUUCAUUACACUGCCUGUAGUUCUGACCUUUGACCUCUGAUCCAUACAGUGGUGCAUUAUGGGGUUUGUUGUGCCUCAGUGUUCAUGUGCCUUCAGGCUUGCCAAGUGUGCAUAAAGGCCUAAUAGCAAUCAAUCCAUUUAUUUUUAUUUUCAUUUGUAAUCUCAGGGGUACAUUCUAGUGUGUGCUAGUGUCAAAAUGUCUCUUGGUUCACCUCUGGUAAUUUUUUUUAAAGCAUAGUUUUUUUGUACAACAUACAAUAUUUUAUCAUAUUUUAUUUGUGCAUUUGUAAAACUUUGACAGUAUUGAUAAUGAAUGUUGGUACGAUGCUUAAAACAAACAAAAAUGUUUUAUUGAUUUGAUAAGCUAAAAAGAAGCUAGAAGAGAGAAUCUUUUUGGAGUUGUGCGGAAGUUUCUUGCGUGAUGCUGCUUGGCAUUGUGGGAGCUGAAGACCAAUUUCCUUUUCUUGACGGUGAAAUGGUGAACCUGUUUUUAUUUUUUUUUAAACCUGUUGUGAACUCUGCUCAUGUUGUGAAGCGGUUACUUGCGGUGAGUGUGGACUCAGAAACAGAGAGAAGACUAAAUCAACUCAAAGAUAAAAGUGCUGCCACCGGUCUCCAUUUUGAUCUGCUUGUGUGAUGGUGGUGCAGAGCGUGAGCUGCAGAACUGGGCGCCAGAGAGCGCCAUCCUGUGGCCAAAAGCGUAUGAACACUGGCCCCUCCCACUCCCUGAACCCCUCAGCCAAUGGCAGUGGCCCGUUUCCUCCCCUCAGACUCUGUCCUCAUUAAACAAGUCAGAGAAA